AUGUCAUCUUCUGUAGCCCACGAAGCCGCCUGCAUCUUCUGUAAAAUCAUCAAAGGCGAAAUCCCAUCCUUUAAACUAAUCGAAACCACACACUCAUACUCUUUCCUCGACAUACAACCAACAGCAGAGGCCCACGCCCUCGUGAUCCCAAAAUACCAUGCAGCCAAACUCCACAACGUCCCCGAUGAGUACCUCACUGACACCCUGACCGUCGCUAAGCGCAUCGUUCAAGCAAUCGGCUGCGACAAAGACGGCCCCGACGGCCCCGGUUACAACAUUCUGCAGAACAACGGUCGCAUCGCCCACCAGGAAGUCGACCAUGUUCAUUUCCAUGUCAUUCCCAAGACUGCGGUUGAUUCCGGCCUGAUCAUCGAAUGGCCCGCUCACCAAGCCGACUUUGAUAAACUCGCCCAACUGCACAAGAAACUCACGAACUCCCUUUCAAACCUCUAG